AUGAUGGAUCUUGAAUUGUUCAAAAGGGGUUCAGAGUUGUCUAGGAGACAAAAGAAAUUGUUAAUUUUACUAGCUGUGUUUGGUGUAUCUGGCUAUGGGGUUUACAAGGUGUAUAACUUGCCUGCUGUGAUAAGGAAAAGGAGGAGAUUUUUGAAACUUAUGGGAGCUAUGAUUUCUAUUGCUGAAAUGGUUUCUGAUUCAACGGAGACUAUUAGUAUUGUCUCCGAGGAUUUGAAGGAGUUUUUGCAAUCUGAUUCGGAUAAAAUCCCCAAUAGUUUAAAGCAAAUUUCGAAAAUUGUAAAAUCGGAUGAGUUUUCCGAGUCUUUAAUUAGGGUUACUCAGGCCUUGACUGUCGGGGUUCUGCGAGGGUAUAAUUUGGGUUCUGGAAAUGAUAAAUUAGGGAUUGGUUCGGGGAAUUCGAGUUUUUCUAAUAGGGUGAUGGAGAGGUUGCUUUCUAAUGAGGGGACCGGGUUUGUUUCUGUUGUUGUUGGUAGUUUUGCGAGGAAUUUGGUUUUGGGGUUUUAUUCGAGUGGUGGGGGUCAAUUGGGGUCGAGUGUCUCGGAUGUGCCUGGAUGGAUUGGUGUGGUUAGUGACGAUCGGUGUAGGGAGCUCAUUGCUGAUUGCAUACAUAAGUUUGUGAGCACCGCGGUUGCUGUUUAUCUUGAUAAGACGUUGCAGAUCAAUACUUAUGAUGAGCUUUUCACUGGCUUGACAAAUCCAAAGCAUAAAAACAAUGUGAGGGACGUUCUGGUGUCAAUCUGCAAUGGAGCUGUGGAAACUCUUGUGAAAACAUCUCACCAAGUUUUGACUGCAAGUUCGAGUGAAAAAUCGGGUUCGGCUUGUUCAAUUGUUGAGCAGGGUGAAGAAUUGAGUGCGACAAAAGAUGGUUAUCUCAAGCGAGAAACAUGUAUGCAAGAUGGAAACUUUGUUGAUGGGGUUCAGAGUGGUGGAUGGGUUGGCAAGGUUUCAUCUACUUUGUCAGUGCCAAGUAAUAGGAAGUUUGUGCUUGAUGUGACUGGGAGGGUGACAUUGGAAACGAUAAGAUCCAUUGUGGAGUUCAUACUGUGGAAGAUGUCAGAUGGGGUGAAAAGAAGUCUCAAUGUGGUUCAGGAAGAGGUUGUAGACAGGGGACUUGAAGUAGUUAGAUAUGUUGGGGCUAAGUCCUCUGUUAUCGUUACAGUAUGCCUUGCCUUGUAUUUACAUGUUCUGGGUGGCACUAAGGUUCUCUUACCUGCUUAA